AUGCCGAUCCCUGUGGAUACCGCGAAAUCUAUCAACAAGAAGCGCAAGAGAAAGCACGGUGCGCGCGGUGCGACCGAAGCCGACGAUGCUUCUCCGAAGCCCGCUGUCGACAAUGGAGAGACGACCGAAGUGACGGAGACAGCCACGGAAAAGAAGUCGAAGAAGAAGGCCGCCAAGGAGGCCGAGAAGGAAGAAAAGCCCAAGAAGCGCAAGGUUGACGACUCCAGCAACGAGGAUGAGAAUGACAGCGAGGAAGAAGUCCGUCAGGCGGAACCCGAAGAUGAAGAUGAUGAGGAGGGCAAGGAGGCUGAGAAUGGUGCAGAUCUCCCUUCUCUGGACGCUGUGCGUCUGCCCCAGACGGAUAGCGAACCUAAGAAGUUUACGGAAUUGAACCUCUCUGAGAAGACGAUGAAGGGUAUUCAGGAUAUGGGCUUCGAGACUAUGACCGAGAUCCAGCAACGUACUAUCCCCCCGCUACUUGCUGGUCGUGAUGUUCUCGGUGCUGCGAAGACGGGUUCCGGAAAGACUUUGUCCUUUUUGAUUCCUGCUGUGGAGAUGUUGAGCGCUCUGCGGUUCAAGCCUCGCAAUGGUACUGGUGUUCUUGUCGUUUCUCCCACCAGAGAGUUGGCGCUGCAAAUAUUCGGUGUGGCCAGAGAGUUGAUGGCGCACCACUCGCAAACAUAUGGUAUCGUUAUUGGAGGUGCCAACCGUCGAGCUGAGGCAGAGAAGCUCACCAAGGGUGUCAACUUGCUCAUUGCCACUCCUGGACGCUUGCUUGAUCAUCUGCAGAACACCCCUGGCUUUGUGUUCAAGAACCUGAAGACUCUCGUUAUCGACGAGGCGGACCGUAUUCUGGAAGUCGGUUUCGAGGACGAAAUGCGUCAGAUUGUCAAGAUCCUGCCCUCCGAAGAGAGACAGACCAUGCUGUUCUCUGCCACCCAGACCACGAAAGUCGAGGAUUUGGCGCGCAUAUCGCUGCGCCCUGGCCCCUUGUACAUCAACGUCGACCACCGCAAGGAGCACAGCACAGUCGAGGGUCUGGAACAGGGUUAUGUCAUCUGUGAGGCUGACAAGCGCUUCCUGCUUCUUUUCUCCUUCCUCAAGCGCAACCUUAAGAAGAAGAUCAUUGUCUUCUUCUCCAGCUGUAACUGUGUGAAGUACCAUGCUGAGCUGCUCAACUACAUCGACCUGCCGGUGCUUGAACUCCACGGCAAGCAGAAGCAGCAGAAGCGGACCAACACAUUCUUUGAGUUCUGCAAUGCCAAGCAGGGAACCCUGAUCUGCACUGACGUUGCUGCCAGAGGUCUGGAUGUGAGUACCUGCCCAUUUACAAAUCACUCAGAGCACAAUCUAACAAUCAUAGAUUCCGGCUGUGGACUGGAUUAUCCAGUUCGACCCCCCGGAUGA